AUGGCUGUCGAGGACACCGCUUCUUUCCUCACUCGGGUUACGCUGUGUCUUCAGGACCCGAAAAAAGCAGACAAAGCGCCGUCCAAGCUUAAAGCAACAAUACUCGUGUGCUCCCAGAAUCCCGGAAGCAACUCGUGCCGACUCCUACGAAGCUCCUUAUGGGCCUGGUUUCUAGUGGUGACAGCAAUCGAGCACCAACCGGACAUCACGACUUUGUUCGACCGACUCAGUCACUCGGACAUUGAGAUUUCAGCCGACAGACUCGAUAACCUCACUUUGUUCGACCGACUCAGUCACUCGGACAUUGAGAUUUCAGCCGACAGACUCGAUAAUCUCACUGUGCACGAAUCUCUGUAUCAGUUGUUCGAGCACACGUUCUAUAAAUCCCAACGAGCCAGAGACCGGCAAAAUUCCCUCGCUGCAGCCGGCUUUGAAUCUUCGAUCCCCAGCCAUAUCAGGUUAUCCAAGCGACCCCGCCUCGACGAGCUCGAACAACCCGAGCAACGCAGUUCCCGCGAGUCUCCCGAGUCCGAUAGCCCGCAAAUGAGACUCGUCUCUCAAUGCCCAAAUGCCGCUCUUGACGCGGCCUCGAGCUCCUGUGAAGAAACCAUGCAACACCGAUUGGACGCCCCGCCUGCAGUGGCACCGAGCGAGACGUAUGGAAUAACACAAUCGACAAAUGGCAACCGUCAACGUCCUCGGUGGCCGAAGGCUUCGGUUCUCCCCCUGGUCUUUCCACAAAGGAUGUGUGAUGGAGUCGAAAAGGAUGAUAUCUUUGCUCGCAUCGCUGUGUCCUACACACAAAAUCCUGCUCAAUGUUCCUUGGAUAUCGAUGUGACGAGAGAUAUGGUGUCGAUUCUAGCUAACGAGUUAUUUAGCAAGCGUACCAGGUACGACGGGGAGAAUGCCAGGUGGGUUUUGGAGUUGGCGGAUGGCACAGACGUCUCGGUCUGGGGCGAGUUAAAGUUAGAACGUGCUCAAGAGUCCGCUAUAGAGCCUCUCCUAGGGACCUUGGUCUCUACGACUCUCCAAAACAACCCACUACGUCGUCGAGAGUUGGCAAGGGCGAUGCUCAUUCGCCCAAUCGGCUCAGGGUGA